AAGCAACGUCCCAGUUUAUUAGAGGAGCGUAAGACUUGCUGGGCAGCUCGAGAUGCCUUUUGGGAAUGCAUCAAAGACGCCUAUUCUAAGGGUCGUCAGCUCGCCGAUACUGUCAGUGUCUCUCAAUGUCUCUCCCUUCGUAAGGCAUAUGAGAAGGUCUGCCCAGAGUCUUGGGUAUGCCCAAAUUACAUCCUGAAGGAACGAGCCAAGAAUGCCUGA